AUGGAUGCUGCCUCAGAAGUCUCUCAAUUCGACAUGACAGUAGAAAACCUGGACCAAACGACAGCAGAGCAAAUGGGCGAUCCUUCCAACGGUCUUGGUCAAGAUACUAGCGGGUCAAGUGUCCAAAGCUCGAGAAACCGUGCCAGAAGCCCGAGGCGUCCCGGAGUCGACGAAGGAGGUCAUGGAUCAAAUGGGAGUAGAGAAGCCUCGUUUUCGAGUAGUCACCUAGCACAUUCCUCGCCUGGAAGACCUCACACAAACAUGUUCGAAAAAGCAAGAGCCUGCCUCAGAUCCAUCGAGAACAACGGCAGUAAGAUUCAACGAAAGGCGGAAGUACAAGUAGAAGCUCAACAAUCUAUCGUCAACGAUACUCAGGAUCGAUCUGUAGAGAGAUGUAGCAUCGAUGACGACCAAGUCACACAACUGAACACCAAAGUAGACAAAAUAUUGUCAUCGGCCAUCACAUCCUGUGACAUGAAGAAUUUGGAGGACAAAAUCUACAACAUCAUGGAAGAUAUGAUAGACGGCGUGUUAGACGAGAUAAAAAUCAUGCGAGACACGAUGCACAGCAUGAAGGACACGAUCGAGUCAAAUGAGCUAGAAUCCAACGCUAUAUUCAAACUUCUGGAUCGUCUGACUGCACUCUUUCUAGGCGCAGCAGAGUGCCCUGAAGAUAGAAUUCCAAUCCCGGAAAAACAUCUACGAUUGACAGCCGAAGCAAGGGAUGAUGGCUUGUCCGACUUGGGUGGUGAGAUAACCUACCAUGGUAGUUCGAGAACAUCCCCAAGUCCCCCAAAAAGGAGCCAAAUCUCGGCUGUUCGACGCCGACUCUCGUUGCGUUGUUGCUUUUGCAUCCCAAAGACGCGAUACCGGGAUGUCUGA